UCUGUGCUUCCAUGUGUAAUUUCACCAGAGCUGCAGCGUGUUCAGAGGAUGUGUCGCAACACAGUCAGUGUACUCUGAACAGAUUUCUGGGAUUUUGUCUGUAAUUAUUAUCAGCAAAGGACGUAACAGUAUAUCGCAUUUGGGCUGACAGCUGGAGGACAAUGCCAGAGGAGAAAGUGUUUCAGCAGCAGGCUGUCCACAGCCCUCUGGAGCAACAGAAGCAGAAACAGAAGCAGGGUAGCAGUGGAGGACCUGUCGCCUGCCAGAACUGUGGAAAGCCCUGCAAAGGGGAGGCACUCCGAGUUCAGAAUAAACACUUUCACAUUAAGUGUUUCAUCUGCAAAGUAUGUGGCUGUGAGCUGGCCCAGGGAGGAUUCUUUGUGCGGCAGGGUGACUACAUCUGUACUCUGGACUACCAGCGGCUGUAUGGAACUCGCUGCUUCAGCUGCCAGGACUUCAUCGAAGGGGAGGUCGUGUCCGCGCUGGGCAAGACCUACCACCCACGCUGCUUUGUUUGCACCUCAUGCAAACAGCCAUUUCCAGCCGGUGACCGAGUGACAUUUAAUGGGAAAGAGUGUAUCUGCCAAAAGUGUACCCAGCCUCUUCCCGCCAACAGCCCUGCACCCAUACAGGCUGUCCACAACUGCUGCGGCUGUGGAAAGGAAUUUAAGAAUGAACAGUCACUCGUGGCACUGGACAAGCACUGGCACCUGGGCUGCUUCAAGUGUAAAGUCUGCAACAAGGUGCUCAAUGCCGAGUACAUCAGCAAGGACGGGAUCCCCUACUGUGAAAUGGACUACCACGCCAUGUUUGGCAUCCAGUGUGAGAGCUGUAAGAAGUACAUUACAGGGAAAGUCCUUGAGGCUGGCGAGAAGCAUUACCACCCCACAUGUGCACGCUGUGUCCGGUGUGAGCAGAUGUUUGCAGAGGGAGAGGAAAUGUACCUGCAAGGAUCGUCUAUCUGGCAUCCUCCAUGCAGACAAGCAGCCAAGCAGGAGGAGAAGAGUAAGAAGCAGGUCCGGAUACAGCUCAGUGACGGCCUCGAGCAGCAGGUCGGUGCUCCUGUGACCCGGACUUCAUCAGAGAGCAUCACCUCAGUCCCGGCAUCCAGCGCCUCGGGCUCUCCCAGCAGAGUCAUCUAUGCCAAGCUAGGAGAGGAAAUGCUGGACUACAAGGACCUGGCAGCCCUUCCAAAGACCAAGGCCAUCUAUAACAUAGAUAGGCCUGACAUGUUGUCUUACUCUCCCUAUGUCAGCUACCCAUCUGACGAGAGGCACUAUGGAGAGUCUCCCCAGCUGCUUUCUCCUACUCCUACUGAGGGUGAUGGGGAAAAAUCACCCCGUCAACGGAGGCCAUCGAGCCCCAGCUCUAACAGCUCCCUGGGGGGCUAUGGGCGGUACACCCCGUCUCGUUCCCCUCAGAACUACAGCCGACCAGGACCAGAGAUAUACCUUGCCGGUAGACACAGCAGCCAAGCUUUACCCCCAGCCCUCAUGGGGGGCAUUAAGUACCCCUCCACCUGGGCCAGGAACACAUCCUCCCCACCCAUGUACUAUUCUGGUGGGGCUGAAGGGAGCAGUGGUGGUGGUAGUUGUGGCAAGUACUCGCCUACACCAACAGGUGGUAGUGCAGGCUUGUCUUUACACCUAAAUCCCACCACCCUGGCUAUGCUGCAGCAGCACAACUAUAUCCCUUACUUUAGAGGGUUCAAACAGGACCCCCUACCUGACCCUAAACCUAGGACAUCCCUGCAUCUCAGUUUACCUCCUCCUAACGGUAGUGAAAGCGGUCGGAGUACCCCCAGCUUAUCCACCUAUUCCGAUGGCAAAUCUCCCUCAUCUACUUCUACAUACGUGGCUGCUCCCCGGCAUUUCCACAUACCAGAGACUAUGGUCAAAGAUAAUAUCUAUAGAAAACCCCCCAUCUACAAACAGCAUGCUUCUAGAACAUCUUGGCAGGAUGGUGAGGAUAGCAAGAGGACCAGUUGGAUGAUUUUGAAGAGUGAGAUUGAUGGUCAGAUUGACAUCGACCCCCGCAAAUCAACCUGCAGUCUGCCCACUGACACUUCCCAACCUAAUUUCCCUUACAAUAAGUCUGCAUCUUUACCUGGCUAUGGAAGAAACGGCAUCUACAAGGCUGCUGAGAUGAUGGAGGAUGAAGUGGACCCAGACUCCCAGAGCUGGGGAGGCAUGAGAGAGUACAAGGUCUACCCUUAUGAAAUGCUGGCAGUGACGCAUAGAGUGAAAGUGAAGCUUCCCAGAGAUGUAGACCGCACCAGACUGGAGAGACAUCUAUCUCCAGAGGACUUUCACCAAGUGUUCGGCAUGACCCUGGAGCAGUUUGACCGCCUGGCUCUCUGGAAGAAGAAUGACAUGAAGAAGAAGGCACGCCUUUUUUAGACAGAAAAACAAUGCUAAACAAAAUCUCAAAAAGUAUCGGGAAGAAAACAAAAUACAAAAAAAAGCCCCAUCGGAAAUAUCUAUAUAUGCACCACCGUGAUACUCCUUCCUCCUACUUUCCACCUCUAAAACGCCAUGCCUGUGAAGCCACAGAGGAACCCUGCGAGGGCACAGUUUCACAAAGCUGCGGCGGGCAUCUAUAGCUUUUUGUAUGCAGUGUGGUCCAAAUGUUUGACUGACAACCUUAUGGAGAUUGAGGAGCUGUGUUUGCAUGGCCUGUGCUGAUGCUCCUUGCCUCCUAUGUGGUUUUUGCAUCGACCCCUGACCCUCCCAUAUGCCAGUGCUUUCAUACUCCAUAAAAAAACAACAGCUUUUUCCAAUUCUCAUGCAGGCCUUCCUCCAGGUUUCUGUGGUUUGGAAUGUUUUAUGUGCACCUUCUUUUAAUCUCAGUAUUGACUUGUUUCUGUUUCUGUACAGAGUUUGUUUUCUCUUUGUGAGGUUUUGCCAUCUUGUCUCUUUCUACAUAUCACCUGUUUGCUGCGCUGCCUUUUCUCUCUUGCUGUGUCUGCUCCUUGCAAUAGGUUACUGUUACAUAUUCAAGACAGUUCGUUUUUACACCCUUGCCAUUACAUUAGGACAGUGAAGAGACUGUAGACAUUCACUGUUCAAGCAUGUCAAGGUCAAAGACAGGGAUAAAAAAAAAACAAACAAUAUGUGAUGUUUUACUUCAAAACUGUCAAAAACCACCUCAUCAUCUUUUGUUUUUGGUUUUCCUUCUUGUUCUAUUCAAUCAGAGAAGUUGGCUACAUAGUUUUGAUAUGCGUGCUCUGGUACAUUUGAAUGUGGCUCCAUAUCUCACGCAAGCCUCUCAUAAAUCAGCCCAGAUAGAGUAGCCAGGGGCUGGAUAGCAGCCACAACUCUGAAUCACAGUCAGCGAGAGGAAGAAAAGGAGGGGUAGAAUACAGAAGGUUUCAGGGUGUACAAACAUGUCAAACAUGCUGCAUUGCUAGGGUGACGUGCACUCACAUGAAAAAAACAAAACAAAUACAAUUAUUUUUAUAAGCUAUUUUUGACUUCUGAAAAGGAUCAUUAAACCAGUCAGGAGGAUGCAGCUGAGAGAAUCAUCUUUUUCUUUUUCUUUUUUUUUUUGAACAAAAUAAAUCCUUGCAGACUAAGCUUCACAUAACUGCAGCAGACGUAAGCUGAACAAGAGAGGUUUUGUUUGAUUUUAAAGUCAAUACUCUAACUGUAUUAUAUCUUCUCAGCUAGAGAGUUAACUCUUUGUAUGUUUGUUGUUUGAAAGUAUUGUUGCGUACAGUAAUAAAGCUAUACAUUCAAGCUUUGCUCGACUUUCUGGACCGUAAAUCGAUCAACUUGCCAACUAACAUACUGUAACAUGUAUGUAAACAUAUACUGGAUAUAUAUCAGAUUUAUCUGUCUGCCAUGGUGUAUAACUCUUAAGGCAUGCAUGAGGAUGGGAAAUGGGGUUUGUCAACUGACCUGAUAUAAGAAAUGAAUGACAACAUUAUCAUAAAUGUGUUUUGAGUGAUUGAUUCUUUUCUGGUCAAAUGAAGUGCCCAGCUCAGCUCCUUACAUUAGCUUGUGUUAGGUAUUUAUUUAAUUGCAAUACUGGGGAAGGGAUUUUAUUUUUGAAAUCUUGAGUGUUGUGUCAGGGAAGAGUGCUUUUGAAGAGAAACAUAUCAAAUUUUGAGUUUAAUCUGAGUGUCAAAUGUUGCUCAUGUAAGUAACACACUAACUGUUGUCAUGCAUUGCCAUGUCUUCUUUCUAAUAUUCAUCUGCUAUUAAAGUGCUUUAUCCAAACUA